CCCCCAAGCAUGGUCUCAGUGCCUCCGCCUGAGUCGAGGCCAGUACCGUCGACAUCGCCUGUUCUUGAGCCGGUGAAGACCCCGACUCCGUCUCUACCGGCCCUCUCCCGUACGGUGCCGCUCGAGCCCAGAGUCCUCCUCACCAGUGACCUCUCUGUACCAGCAGAUAGCCUACAGAUUGUGAACGUGGACUCUGCAUCGGAGGGAGAGCUUCAGGACUCCUAUGCUCCAUUCUCCCCUCAGAGGCCGAGGUCAAGAUCCCCCUCGCCCUCGCCAACCAGACGACCACGCUCUGCCUCACGAGACCGGGCCACGCUAGGUACCGAAGCCAAUGAGGCUCUGGCUGCACACCAUCGCCCCCCUGCAGAUCACGAUCGGGACCUCUUCCAGGCAUUCCCAGAUCUCGUCCACGAUCAGCGCACAGGACAGUACCUCAUCCCGGUUGACCCGUCCCACCUUUGCCGGGACCUCCGUGCUCACCUUCAAGGCCAUCGUCCGGAUGAUGACACCUCCCGCCGGGACGACCGGGACGACCUUGGGACAUCCGACCCUCUUUUCAGACGGCGGAGCCCAUCCCCCUCGAGGUCCGGCUCGGGCUCUCCCCGUUCCGCAUCUCCCGUCUCGAAUGAGGAUACCCCGUUUGUGCCUCAGGGCCCUUCUGUCCCUUCGCCCACAGAUGACGUCAGGGCCUUUGCCGACAGGGUCAUACGGAUGGCUGACGCCCUCAAGCUGGAAGUCGCCCAUCCGGAGGACGAUGCUCUCGACCCGGUGGAAAGGAGGAUCCACGGCUCUGCUCCGGCCCCACCAGCCCUGGCCUACCUCCCGUCCCUGGAGAAGAUCGUCAAGCGCUCUUGGGACGCCCCAGCCACCAUCCUGUCCACUUCGCGCAGGAUCGAGAACCUGUAUCGGGUCACUCCAUCCGCCCCGUCCUGGCUGUCUAACCAUCCCAAGCUGAAUUCAGCUAUUGUUGAAGGGGCCCAGUCCACCUUUGCCCCCAAAGCCUCGUCCUCGCCCGUAGACAAGGACAGUAAGAAGCUGGAUGCCUUGACGAAGAAAUUCUACGCUUCGGCUGCUCUAGAUCUCAAGAUCGCAAACUACGUGGCUUGCAUGGGGGCCUACGUCCAGUCCCUGGUGGAGAAGAUGGAUCCCACCAUUGCUGACUUGCCCGAGGAAUGGAGGCGUAUGAUGGCGGCUCUCAGGAACGAGAUCCACCUGAUGGCGGGACAGCAGAUCAUCUCCGCCAGGCACUCCACGGAUUGUGCAUCCAAAAUCCUCUCUGGCUCCAUAGCUCUCCGCCGCUAUGCGUGGCUCCGGUCUUCAGAUCUUACCCCUCAGGCAAAGGCGGCUAUUGAAGACAUGCCCUUUGACAACUCGGGCCUCUUCAAUAGGGACACGGACGAGAAGCUUAGCUUCAGGUACCGGAUGAAGACCGCGGCUAGGAAGCACGGAAGGCUACUGGUUCGUGACGCUAGACUUGAAAGACGCUUACUUUCACAUAGCGAUCCUGGAGGACCACUGCAGGUUCCUCGCCUUCGCUGUUGGACACCAGGCAUACCAGUACAAGGUCCUUCCCUUUGGCCUUUCCACAGCUCCAAGAGUCUUCACGAAGUGCAUGGCACCCGUGGUGGCUUACCUACGUCAGAAGGGAAUCACAGUCUUCCCGUACCUGGACGACUGGCUCUUCGCAGCAUCCUCAAAGGACGCCCUGCUCAAGCAGUUGGAUUUUGCCCUAUCCCUGCUACAAGCACUAGGACUACAGGUCAACUUCGACAAGUCCAACCUGACUCCUACCAAGCGAACAGACUUCAUAGGUUCAACACUGGACUCUGUACAGAUGAGGGCGUACCUUCCAGAGACAAGGUUCCAAGCCCUCUGUGCAUCUCUGCAGCCCUGCCUUCGCUUCAGGCCCGUGCAGUUCAAGUCGCCAUGGGGCACCUGGCCUCCACCACUUUCGUCACACCGUGGGCCAGACUGCGCCUCAGGCCCAUUCAAUCUUGGUUCCUCUCCGUGUUCGACCCCGUCCGAGACACAGCUACCAAGUUGCUCACCAUCCCGAGGACGGUACAGAGGUCCUUACGAUGGUGGCUCCAAUCCGACAAUGUCUGUGUGGGGAUGCCAUUUCUACCCCCUCAGCCAGACCUCUCCCUGACUACGGACGCCUCCCUGCAAGGAUGGGGCGCCCACACAUUGGACCUUACAAUAAAGGACAGAUGGUCACCGGCAGAAGCUACUCUCCACAUCAACGUAUUGGAGAUGUUCGCCGUAGACAAAGCACUCAGAGCCUUUCAGGCGGUCCUCGCGGACAGGGUGGUGCUCCUUCUCACCGACAACACCACCGUCAUGUACUACCUCAACAAACAAGGCGGUACGAAGUCGAGGACUCUGCUAUCAAUCACCAUCUGCAUUUGGGAAUGGUGCAUAGACCACAAGAUCCUGCUACAAUGCAUCCAUCUGCCCGGCGACCAGAACGACCUGGCAGACCGUCUCAGCAGGUCAUCAUCCACCCGCCACGAGUGGAGACUGCAUCCAGAGGUGGUUUCCCGACUCUUCAAUCGCUGGGGAACCCCCCUCCUUGACCUGUUUGCCUCCUGGCUGAACACUCAUACCGUGAGAUUUUGCUCACGGUACAGAGACCCAAGAUCGGAAGGGGACGCCUUCCAGUUCAAAUGGACCCAAGGCCUCCUGUACGCCUUUCCUCCGUUCCCUCUGAUCACAAGGGUCUUCUCAAAAAUGUUGGCCGACCACACGGACGCAAUCCUGGUAACGCCGUGGUGGCCCAGACAGCCCUGGUUCGCCUCGCUCCUACAACGGGCGCAGGACCAUCUCCGCCUCGAGAACCGGCCCGACCUGCUCUCGCUCCACGACGGGCUAAUUCACCAUCCUGAGAUACAAUCCCUCCCAUUGGUAGCAUGGAGGAUCCAAUCCUGAGGACACUUCCAUCCAGUGUUCAGGACAUCAUCAAGGCAGCACAGAGACCAUCCACACAGAGGUCCUAUGCCUACAGAUGGGAUAGGUUCUUAACCUUUCUACACGCAAGGGACAUUCCACCAUCCCGUGUCUCCAUCCCUGUAGUUCUGGACUUUCUCAUGACCUUAGCAGACGCAGGUCUCUCCUUGAGUUCUAUCAAAUGCUACCUGUCCGCCAUUUCAUCUCACUACCUGUUUCACGACAAGCCCUCUCUCUUUGGGGAUCCUCUCGUAAAGAGGUUCCUUAAGGGAUUCAACAAUUUGCACCCACCGAUUCUAGACCCUACACCACAGUGGAGUCUAGAUACCGUCCUGGCACAGUUGGUGUCCAAGCCCUUUGAA